AAAAACCAAAACAAGAUGGCAGGCUGCAGGAGCUGGGUCCUCUUCUUCACAGUGUGUGCCGUCAGUUUGUCUGGAGCCGGGGCAGAGAUCAAAUUCACCAUUCCUGUUGGGAAGUUUUUCACACACGAGCUGAUGAGAGAAACUUUCCAGAAUGACUUUGAACCUUUGUCCAAACUCUACGCCGGGUACUUGUAUGAUGACCCCAUGAUUUUUAAGUGCAACAGGCAGAACUACCCCGACCUCCCGGAGUGGCUGCGCUUCACCCAGAGGCAUCCCUACGACAACGGCUUCCUGUACGGCACGCCAACGUCUCCGGGGAAAAGUAUAAUCGAGGUCUACGCCAUCAACAAGAGGAACUAUGAAACUACCAGACAAAUAUUCGUCAUCAAAAUCGUUGCGGAGAAGCUUCUUCCUUAUCAAGCUGAAUUCUUCAUCAAGCUGAGGGAGAUUGAGAAGGUGCUGCCCUCUGCUGUCCAGGAUGAGAUACAGCAGGAUCUGCAGAAGCUGUGGGACACUGAGGCCUUGGAGAUCCUCAACAUGACCAACGCUCUGGACCGAGGAGGCCGAGUCCCCCUCCCCCUCGCCGGACACUUCGAAGGUGUGUAUGUGAAGGUGGGCUCCCAACAGUAUUUCUCAGACUGUCUCCUGAGGGCCCUGACCCCCGAGUACCAGAGGCAGUGCACGUCGGGGGCAAAGGUCAAGAUCCCUGGAGGCUGUAACUUCUGCAGCAUCCCCAGCAACUGCAUCAGCUGGUGCAAGAUGGAGCUGUUUGAUCUGACGAAGCGGGAGCCGGCUCCUCCUGCUCCCACCAUCGGCUCCGGGAUCCUUGAGGCCGAUGUGGACUUCAUCCCCCCCGAGUCCCCCCCGAGCAGAGACUUUUUCCCGGACUACUUGGUGACGGUGAUCGUUCCUCUGAUCCUCGCCAUCAUCCUGUGUCUGCUGCUCGCCUACAUCAUGUACGGCCGACGAGAGGGAGUUGAAAAGAGGAAUGCAAGAACGAACCAGAUCCAGCUCUACCACCACCACACCAUUCACGGCAACACCGACGAGCUGAGGAACAUGUCGGGGAGCCGCGGCGUCUCUCCACCUCUGUCCACGCUGCCCAUGUUCAACAGCCGCACCGGGGAGAGGGCCUCUCCGUCCCUGCAGUCCGACAGCCCCACCAUCCCCCUCAUCAUGGCCCAGCAUGACCCUUACUGCGACACGCUGCCCAGGUAA